AUACUCUUUCUCUAAGACGACACUCGUGAAACUAAAUUAUUCGUUUUCUACAAAAGUGGCUAGAAACUUUCUUUAUUAAUCUGGCGUGGGCAUAAAUAAUACGAUAAUAACUAAUAAUGGACUAUUCUCUGAAUGAAAAACCACUAAAAUUGAAUCCUCCACUAUUUGUACCUUGUGAUUUGGAUGAGUUUCGUGACCCUAACAAAGAACAUUCCGAUGCAGCAUCAGAAGCCUGUGAUGCAUUAGAUAAACUGAGUGCACAGGAUGAGAUCAGUGUGUCGAGUAUUAUCUCGGCAUUGCUGCGACCCAUCGAACCGUUAGAUGAUCAGUAUAAACAAUGUGAUUGGGGCAUCGAUCCGAAGAGCUUUCUGCCCGUCAAACAGGCCGUCAUAUUCAAGGAGCAGUUGUUCAUCUCGAAGCUGCGCAACACGAAAUGUAAGCUGAGCGAGAAUAUCAAGAUUUUCUUUGAGCGCGAGCUGCAACAGAUCGGCAAAUUUUGCAUGAACGUGGAGGAGGCCUUCGAUGGGUAUGUGGUCUACAGCAGCAGCAAGAUGAAGAAGGACAAGGGCAUAACCGAGUGCGGACACCAGCUGAAGGGCAAGUACGACGAUCACUUUCAGCUGAUCUGUGAGAAACGUUCCGAAUUCGAUCGCAUCGAUCAUGGGCACUUGGAGAAAACGCUCGAAGUGCGAAACCAUGCGGAUCUCCACCUGACGGCUAUACGCGAAACAAAAAUCAAUGAGGAGAUACAGAAGUUCAAGGCCACCAUUGAUAUCAAGGAUCGGGAUCAUACCUUCGUUCUGGACGGUGGCAUUCAACUCCUCAUGCGUCAUCUCAUCUGUCAUAAUUUUGUUGGCAAUUUCGAGUACUACACGAUGAACUUGUAUGGUCGUGUCCUACGCUGCAAUCUACUGGUGCACAAAGACCGCAAACUGGUGCGCAUCUUCUAUCGCACGUACAAGAAUACCGUUCACAUCAUCACACAGCAGUGCUUCAACGAUGAGCUGCAGGAUGUGGCCGAGACCUUUAUGACGCCCGAGGGACGCAUUGUGCUGCACUUCUGGCGCGGCUACAACUAUCUGCUGCACGCCGUCUGUGCCCCGCCCAAGAAGAAGGAGACAAUCGUGCCCAAGCUGGAGCUGAUGUGGCGACAGAAUGUCAGUCUCACCCGAAAAUUCCAUGAUCUCAAGUCCCUGAACUAUGAGAAUACAACAAACUUUCUCAAAUCCAAUUCCGAAUUAGCAGAUUUCAUGCAGGAUUACGUGAUAAAUGUUCUGCGCUAUAAGCCCACAAAUGUACUCGAGUUCUCCAUUAUGUUUUUUCAAAAUAUGUCAGCCACCUAGAUUAUAAUGUAAUAGUAUCGAAAUAGUAAAUACCUAGCUAAGCCGUAUAUUACA